AUGGAAAAAGCCAACGAGACCUCCCCUGUGAUGGGGUUCAUUCUCCUGGGGCUCUCUGCCCACCCAGAGUUGGAAAAGACAUUCUUCAUGCUCAUCCUGCUGAUGUACCUGGUGAUCCUGCUGGGCAACGGGGUCCUCAUCCUGGUGACCAUCCUUGACUCCCGCCUGCACACACUCAUGUACUUCUUCCCGAGGAACCUUUCCUUCCUGGACAUCUGCUUCACUACCUCCUCAGUCCCACUGGUCCUGGACAGCUUUUUGACUCCCCAGGAAACCAUCUCCUUCUCAGCCUGUGCUGUGCAGAUGGCACUCUCCUUUGCCAUGGCAGGAACAGAGUGCUUGCUCCUGAGCGUGAUGGCGUUUGAUCACUAUGUGGCCGUCUGGUACCCCGUGAUCAUGAGCAAGGCUGCCUAUGUGCCCAUGGCUGCCAGCUCCUGGGCUAUUGGUGGUGCUGCUUCCGUGGUACACACAUCCUUGGCAAUUCAGCUGCCCUUCUGUGGGAACAACGUCAUCAACCACUUCACCUGUGAGAUUCUGGCUGUUCUCAAGUUGGCCUGUGCUGACAUUUCCAUCAAUGUGAUCAGCAUGGAGGUGACAAAUGUGAUCUUCCUGGGAGUCCCGGUUCUGUUCAUCUCUUUCUCCUAUGUCUUCAUCAUCACCACCAUCCUGAGGAUCCCCUCAGCUAAGCAAAGGAGAAAGGCCUUCUCCACCUGCUCUGCCCACCUCACUGUGGUGAUCGUCUUCUACGGGACCUUAUUCUUCAUGUAUGGAAAGCCCAAGUCUAAGGACUCCAUGGGAGCAGACAAAGAGGAUCUUUCAGACAAACUCAUCCCUCUUUUCUAUGGGGUGGUGACCCCCAUGCUCAACCCCAUCAUCUACAGCCUGAGGAACAAGGAUGUGAAGGCCGCUGUGAGGAGCCUGCUGAGACCAAAAGGCUUCAUUCAGUGA